AAAAAAAAAAAAAGUCUAUCCAAUUUCCUCUGCUCAACCAGUUCCCCGGCUACCUGAGACCCUGCUUCACCUGGAGGAAGACAGUGUCCCCAGGGAGGCCAGUGGUGACUAUUCUUGAAACCGAGCUUGGCAGAGGAUCUGGGGACACGCACUCCAGAUGCAAACACAUUUGCACUGUUUUGGCUGGAAUCUCCUCGCGCAGGGCACUGCACCCGUGGGCUUGCUGAGAAACAAACUCACAGAAGGCGGAUUCAUUGGACAAAAGGCAAGGCCAGGCGGGUGCUGCCUGGGACCCAGUGACUCAGCACCCCCGCCCAGAUCAGCUGGACUUUUGCCCCUGCUCCACCAGCCUCCUGCUUGGAUCUCUCCUGGGUCUCCCUGCUGUGCCCGUCCAGGAUGCAGGGAGCUUGGGCUCCCAGGGACCAGGGCCAGUCCCCUGGCAGGAUGAGCGCUCUAGGCCGGUCCUCAGUCAUCCUGCUCACCUACGUGCUGGCCGCCAUAGAACUUACCUGCCUCUUCAUGCAGUUCUCCGUCGUGCCAUACCUGUCUCGGAAACUGGGCCUGGAUUCCAUUGCCUUUGGCUACCUACAAACCACCUUUGGGGUGCUGCAGCUGCUGGGCGGUCCGGUGUUUGGCAGGUUCGCAGACCAGCGCGGGGCGCGGGCGGCGCUCACGCUCUCUUUCCUGGCUGCCUUGGCGCUCUACCUGCUCCUGGCAGCCGCCUCCAGCCCGGCCCUGCCCGGGGUCUACCUGCUCUUCGCCUCGCGACUGCCCGGAGCGCUCAUGCACACGCUGCCAGCUGCCCAGAUGGUCAUCACGGAUCUGUCUGCACCGGAGGAGCGGCCUGCGGCCCUGGGCCGGCUCGGCCUCUGCUUCGGCGUCGGCGUCAUCCUCGGCUCCCUGCUGGGCGGGACCCUGGUCUCCGCGUACGGGAUUCAGUGCCCGGCCAUCCUGGCUGCCCUGGCCACCCUCCUGGGAGCUAUUCUCAGCUUCACCUGCAUCCCCGCCAGCACCAAAGGGACCAAAACUGACACUCAGACUCCACCGCCAGGCGGCCCCAGGGCCAGUGUGUUUGACCUGAAGGCCAUCGCCUCCCUGCUGCGGCUGCCAGAUGUUCCGAGGAUCUUCCUGGUCAAGGUGGCCUCCAACUUCCCCACAGGUGACCCAGGGCCUGGUCAUCGGACAGCUGAGCAGCCACUUCUCGGAGGAGGCGCUGCUCCGGGCCAGCGUGCUGGCCUUCAUCGCGGUGGGACUGGCCAUGGCCUGGAUGUCCAGCGUCUUCCACUUCUGCCUCCUGGUGCCCGGCCUGGUGUUCAGCCUCUGCACACUCAACGUGGUCACCGACAGCAUGCUGACCAAGGCUGUCUCCGCCUCGGACACAGGGGCCAUGCUGGGCCUCUGUGCCUCUGUGCAGCCACUGCUCCGAACGCUGGGGCCCACCGUCGGCGGCUUCCUGUACCGCAGCUUUGGCGUCCCUAUCUUCGGCCACGUGCAAGUUGCUAUCAAUGUCCUUGUCCUUCUGGUCCUCUGGAGGAAACCUAUGCCCCAGAGGAAGGACAAAGUCCGGUGACUGCUGCCCAGACACAGACUGGCAAUAAACUCCUACUAAAUCCCUCCAACUUCUUCCGGUCUGGUUUCUGCAGGCUGUCGCAUGGUCUGCCUGUGUCCUUCAGUGAGGGAUGGGGCCUCGGGGCUGGAGGGCUUCCUAGAGGAGGGGGCCUACAGCUGGGCAAAGCUCUGGGAAGGACAGAAUCACCCAAAUUGGCUCACCGUUAUUAGUACAGUCCGCCCACA